CGGCUCAGUUCCGGCGGCUCCGGGGACUCGGUUCACUAGAGACGUGCCCUGCAUGUGGACGGGUUGUGUGGACUCCGCGACUUCACCCACCCCACCUGCAUGUUUGAGGAGCCGGAGUGGGCCGAGGAGGCCCCAGUAGCCGCGGGUCUCCCGCCUGGAACCUCGCGGCCUCGGCCCGCCUCAGCCUCGCAAAUCAAAGGCUCCAAGCAUCGUCAGCUCUUGGCCACAUUACGGGCCCUAGAGGCAGCAUCUCUUCCCCAGCAACCUCCUAGCCUGCCUGGCAGUGACUCUGAGGAGGAUGUGGUGGAAAGGAAGAAGAAACGCCCGAAAAAGGCCUCAUCUACCACUGCCUCUAUUGAAAUAGAGAAGAAGAGGAAGAAGAAAUGUCAACAACAGGGCCCACCUGGCAGUGACUAUGAAGAAAAGGAAGUAAAAAGGAAGAAAAAGUGCCUCAAAGGGGUUCUCAGUGCCAGUGACUCUGCUGAAGAACAGAAAAGAAAGAGGAAAUGCCAGAAACAGGUCCCCUCAAACCCCGCCCAGCACCAGGACAGUGAAAACCAAACAGGUCCCAAAGCUUGGAAAAGUAGUGCGACAAAUGACCAAUCCAAGCCAAGUCCUGGGUCCACUUCUGCCAACCCCCCCCAAACCUUGAGUCGCAAGCAGUGGCGGAACCGGCAGAAGAACAAACGUAGACAUAAGAACAAGUUUCGGCCACCUCAGCCACCAGACCAGGCUCCAGCCACAGCCCCCAAAGAGGAGACAGAGAUGCCUCCUGCCCCCAGCCCAGAUAACCAUGAGGAUCGGGCAGGGGCUCUGCGAGCACGCAUGGCACAGCGGCUGGAUGGUGCCCGAUUUCGCUACCUCAAUGAACAGCUAUACUCAGGCCCCAGCAGUGCUGCACAGCGUCUCUUCCAUGAAGAUCCUGAGGCCUUUCUUCUCUAUCACCGCGGCUUCCAGAGCCAAGUCAAGAAGUGGCCACUACAGCCAGUGGACCGCAUCGCCAGGGAUCUUCGCCAGCGGCCUGCGUCCUUGGUGGUAGCUGACUUCGGCUGCGGGGACUGCCGCCUGGCUUCAAGUAUCCGGAACCCUGUGUACUGCUUUGACUUGGCCUCUCUGGACCCCAGGGUCACUGUGUGUGACAUGGCCCAGGUGCCUCUGGAGGAUGAGUCUGUGGAUGUGGCUGUGUUCUGCCUUUCACUGAUGGGAACCAACAUCAGGGACUUCCUAGAGGAGGCAAAUCGAGUGCUGAAGCAAGGGGGUCUCUUGAAAGUGGCUGAAGUCCGUAGCCGGUUUGAAGAUGUUCGGACCUUUCUGGGGGCUGUGACCAAACUGGGCUUCAAGGUCAUCUCCAAGGAUCUUACCAACAGCCACUUCUUCUUGUUUGACUUUGAAAAGACUGGGCCUCCUCGGGUAGGGCCCAAGGCUCAACUCACAGGCCUGAAGCUUCAGCCAUGUCUCUACAAGCGCAGGUGACCCCUGCGCCUGCCUUGAAAGGGAAUGCAAGUCUUGAACUCCAGGCUCAGAACUCUGAAGACUAUAUCCAGCCAGUCUCUGACCCGGGAACUGAUAACAUCACUUUCGCCGUCCUAAGACUAAAGUGUGAUGAAACCCCCUGGCUCAGCCCUGCUCUCAUGAAGCCUUCUUGUUUGUGAGAAGCAUAAAGUCAUUCAGACUAGCUAAAGAAUAAGGAGUUUAUUGUGAAAAUACAAGGGUAUCUGGGAAUUAUGGGUCCUCCAGAUGUGGGAACUAGCUGGUUUGGAAUUCAAGGCAUCUCUGGGUUUGGCUCCUCUUUCCAUCUAUUAGGAGUCACGUGGAGUUUCUGCCCUGGCAUCUCUACUCUUCUCAUCUCUGUCUGCUGAGAAAAUCUACAGCCAGGGCUGGGUGCAUAAGAGCUAUGGCUGUGAUGUGUUGUAAGCCUUACUAUUUUCUAAAGUCCUUUCCUAGGGAGGGUUGGAGGUCGAAGAGUGAAGAAUGGAUUUGUUGACUGAGGAAUACUCUGGGAGAGCUCAAGAUAGGCCUUUCAAUGGGCUUCAUUUCACAGGGUAUUUAGAGAUUGUUGAUAAAACUCUUGAGCUGUUCUUGGAGGAUCAUGGUAAGGGAGCUGGGUCCCUUCAUAAAUAACAACUGGUUGAUGCCAUGGUAGGCUGGGGGAUUGGGCUGUAUAUUGGCACAAGGGUCUGUUUGUUGUUUCCACCUUGCAGUGGGCCCAAAUCAGCAUGUCCUGGGAAAGCUACGGGCAAGGAAGGCUGGUGUUGGAAAAAGAUGAACUGGGAUGAUAGACCCUUGGCCUCUCCUGGAAGGUAUCUCCCAUGUCCAGGUAUAAAGAUGCAGCAUCUUACCUAUUUGGAAGGGCAGAAACUCAGAAUGCCCACUGGGACACAGCUUCCAGGGCUCUGAGCCAGUCAGAUGCCUCCAGUGAGGAGAUGGAGGUUUUGAGGUAGGCUGUAGGCCAGUGGGCAUGUUUGGAGGCUAGGCAGUGUACCGCAGUGUCUUCGCGUGUGUUCUGUCUGCUGAAUACUCGCCUGACUGACGAAGUCUCACUCAUCCUAGCUUAGUUGGUCCCUACUCCACCCCUCCUAAAGCAGAAUUAAUUCUUUAUCUGCAUUCUCCAAACUGCAUUGUAAUUGCUUUGUGCAUCAGGCUGCGGUCUUUCCAAGUCAUAUUUAUCUUUGUAUUCCCAGAGCUUGUCACUGAGGUGGUGGAAUAACAGGGUCUAGCUGGGUGGGGCUGAUGAGAACAGGGUAUUGGGAGGAACGCAGGCUCAGGGUACAAGAUGUGGGCACUGAGGACCAGAGACGAUGGAAGAAUAAGCAGAUAGGAGAACUUGAGCAGGUGGAACAGGUGGGAUUGUUGAGGGCUGUGAGAGAGGACUCUUCAGUGAGUCUGGUUUCUCACUUGAGCAACAGGUUGGGCUGGUGCUGCCGUUUAGAACGUUGGGUUGUAGGUACCUGUUCCGUGUUUGUUUGGAAGACGGACGUAAAUGUGCCAGGAGAGACCUGUGCUAGGAUUUGGGAAUCAGUAGUCUAGAGGUGGUCAUUCAAGUCAUGGGAAUAGAUAAGACAUCCAGAGUAAGGUAGUGAGAAGAGAAAAUGGCUCCGAAUAAAACUCUGAGGAGCAUUUGAUGGAUGGGCAAAGGCAAAUGGACCAGUCAAGGUGACAAGGUGAGAAUGUUGGGCCAGAAAUGGAGGAGUAAAACUGGGAGAAUGGAUGCUUUCAGUAUGGAAGGAAGGGAUGGGGAGGUUGUCAGCUGUCAAACGCUGUUGCAAGGUCUGUUAAAAUUUACAGUGCAGUCAGACUGCAGUGAGUGAAGGUUGCUGAAUACUCUUGAGGGCCUGUUUGAAUUUAGAGUGGUAUUAUUCAUGACUUUAUGGUUACACCAGCCAGCCCGGUGGUGUGGUUAUCUCUUCCUACUCAGGAAUCUAAAUGUAACUGUGGGGGAAAUGAACACUAAGGGAUCAUCCAGAGUUGGAAUCUUGCCAUGCAGUGGAAAUCAAAGGAGGCAUUUCACACCAUUCAGAAGUAAUUGAUCACUGCUGGAUCGUGCACUAUUGUAGAAGAGGUAGGAGAGUGAAGACAGAGAGGUAGGUUGUUGCACUGGGAAUCAUUAAACAAGCAACCUGGGCAGGUGAGAGGUGGUGGUCAGAAAUUGGAGUGCUUUAAUUACUAGUGUUGGAAGCAUAGCAGCUCCAAGCAAUGGCCGCGUCUAGAGUGAAGCCACAGGGGUUAGUGCCUGAGAGGCGUGUGAGAGAGGUUGCCCGUACGUUGGGUAAUGGACUGAGGGGUCGGGUAUUAUGGGGAGGUCUUGUCUGAAUGGACUCUGACAUUCUCCAGGGCGGUGGUAGAAAUUGGCAUGGAACAGGUGCCAGCCUCUCAAGGGAGGGUGCGGAUCCAGGAGAUCUGUAGACAGAGUGAUGGGGAAGCUAGAUGGCAUGAAUUUCAGAAGUGCAGGGGAUUUGGACUGCCUGCUAGAGAGACCUCCACUGUGGGAGUGAUGUGAGGCUGGUGAGCUGGCUGCUAGACAGCCAAGAUAAAAUACCCUCAUAGUCCUCUCCAGCUUCUCAGGAUUCACUGGGGAUUUCUGGAGAAAUGAUUAUUGCAGCAGCUGCACGGGACAGGAGCCUCCAGGGGUAAGGGGAGGCAGGCCACAAAGUCCAAGGAAAGUGUUGGGAGUAGCAGGCAUCUCGCUGUGGGACACACAUUACCUUUGAUAGCUCCCUAUCUCUGUUCUUUUGCAAAUGUUUAUAUCCCCUAGGUCCUGGUUAUCUUCCCUGUUUUUUUUAUUCUCAGCAGGUCAGCUGUGGUCUGCCUUUCUCCUUUUUUUGUCCUCCUCACUUAUAAUUUGGAUUCUUCCUAUGCCUAUUCUGGCUCCAUCCACCCAGGUAAAUAUCUCUCUGGGUUUGACUCAGGCCUUGGACUCCCCGUAACUCAGCCCAGUGCCAUUAGUGUCUCCAUCAGUUGCUCUGAUUCUGAAAGUGGGACUCCCCCCAAGCCUGCUCUGGGCCCUCCUGGCUCCAUCAUCAGCUUCAGGACAAACUCUUGGGCAAGCCCAAGCUCUUGGACUUCAGUGUUUAAUGCUGAGAGCUGAGGCUGGAGACGGAACAGUGUAUUUCCUUAGGAAAUAACUACAUGCCAGCUGCUCAAACAGCAACCUAGUUUAAAGAACAAUUUGAGAAGAGAUUAAAGGAAGGGCAAGAGUAGUAAGCGGUAGGUGGGAGGGGGUUGCUGUACCGUGCAAGGCAGUGCAUUAUAAUCACCCAGUGAUUAACGAGCCUUCACCCAGUUUCUGAUUCAGGAGAUCAGGCUAGGGUUUGAAAAGUUCUAUUCUGGUUGCUUUGGUUUCUCACAGUGAAGCAGGAAGCAGGGUUGAGAGAGUAGCGGGGAAGGGGUUGGAGUUUUGAGGCGAGGAGAGCAUAAACGCCCUUAUUAGAGUUAAGAGGGAAUGAACGAAUGAGGGAAAUGGAGUAUGAUUGCUGGUGGUAUUAAUAGUAUGCUUGAGGUUCAAGGUCAGAAAGAGGAUGCAUGGGGAGAGACAGUGUAGGAUCUCUGUAGAGAGCUUGCUGUUGUGAGACAGCACAGCUGGACUGUGAGGGCCCAACCCCCUCACCUCAGAUCUAACUGCGGACUCCACUGGGACCAUUCAGGAAGCUUGAGGUAUUUAUAUUCCUAUGGCCGAGGACUGGAGUCUUGACUUCCGCCCUGGGAAUGUAGAGGGCAAGCAGAGGCUCACUAACUGUCUCAGUGGUGAAGCCGGGGGAGUGCCGCUGCUUUUGCAUUGGCCUGCAUUCCCACACUUUGCUGUGGCAAUUGAGGCAUGUGUGUAUCCUGUGCAUCUUGCAGGAGAGAAGGAAGCGUGGGAUGGUCUUGGGUCCUUUCCAGUAGGACCAUUUGAGGAAGCAAGGAGACCUCAGCACAGAGCAGCUAGGAGUGUGCCAUGCGGGCUGAGGAGGGAAUUGCAGGAGACCACCCACCAAAGCGGCAUCCACCAGGGUCAAGGGGGCAGCUGGGAUGUCCCCGUUAAAUAUCUUUCAGGCCCACAGGGCACAGAACCACCCAGUCCAGCAAGAACCUUCUUUCCUUUCUUACCCACUUAUUUCUGUGCAGCUGGACCCAGAGCAGUCAGCAGCUGUUAGGUAAAUUGGAGGUAAGAAGAGCAGAGAGCAUACAGAUUGUUCUUCCCCUCCCCAGCUCAGGCUCCUUGAGACUAGACGUAAGUGGGGCAGGGCUGGGAGGUGAACGUAGCUAAAGCUACAGUAGGUGCAGAUUAUUUAUUGUUACAUAGGGUUAGACAUUCUAAUUGCUUGAGCUCUUAAGACCGUUAACUAAGAAUGAGCUGAAAAGUCACAGGCUUGCUGCAGCUUCUUCUCUCCACAGCAGGGAACAGUGCCAACAAAGGAGAAAAGUUUGGAGGGGUGGUAAGAAUAAGGUUGGGUUUGGAUGGCAGCCUGUGCCUUGUGCUUGUUCAGCGUGCUUUGAGAUGUUUCUUGCUGCUGCAGUUGUUGGUGUGCUCCCGCUUUUGUUCCUGUAACACAGUCCUGCGGGAACACCGUUCCAAAGGAAACAACAUGAUCUUGGCAGAGACACAGCUCAGCUCCAAACACUCAAGCAUUUACAUAAUUGCACAAAGCCCUUCACAGCUUUUCACAGACACAGACCUGCAAUUAGAGCUCUCUAUCCACAGGUCGUCCUCCUUCCCAGG